AAAACAUUUCAUCUUCCGGACGGGCGAUAAUCCCUUUUACCUCAGAUUCCGGGACAACAAUCCACUUAUGAAUAAUGUCAUACCAUAAACAAGGGAAUCUACCGGCGGGAUUGCGAGUGGUUUGUAAACAUCUAGGCAAGAGCCGAUUGGCAUCUUCUGCGGUGGCAGCGGUGCAGCCAGUGGGUUUUCAGGCAAGAAGAUGCGAUGAUUCACUGCUGCAGCAGCAGGACGGGAUCCAGAGCGCCAUUCUUCACUGCAAGAGGUCGUUUAAUGCUUCCAGAGAUUCAGAGACUUCUCUUCUGUCGCAGUGUGCGAGUGAUCCUUCUCACGAAAUGUCUAUUUGUUCGUCGAGAAAUUCUUCCUAGGGUGGAAAUGACGAUCGGAGGUGAAGCCCCGCUUAACAUCUUAGGUCGAGAAAGAGAGAGAGGCGGGAAGUUGUCUAGACUCUGUUUUCUUUCUUUCUUUCUUUGUUUAAAAAUUUUGUAAAAAAAAAAGGAAAUUGUGUUAUUAAUGAGCGAUGGUUGUUUUGAUGGGGUAGGUGGAGAUGUAGGUCAGUCACAGUAGCCACUACUCAUCAGUUUCUUCAACUUCAUGUAAAGAAGCCAUCUGUCUGUGAAGAUAAUUAUUUCUUCUGAUCUGUUGUGCAAGCAGAGGCAGAGAGAGUAGUAUUCGAACCAGAGAUGAGAUCUUAAUUCUUAACGCCUAUGAUU